GUCACACACAGGACCAAGCAGGAGAAGGACCUCAGCAUUUUUACCUUUUAUUACAAAUGGAGGAAAACAAAGAUGUUCAGUACUGUUUUCAAGACGGAAACUCUUCUUGCAGAAAGGCUUUGCUAUUGACAUCUAUCUACAUAACACUGUACAUCUUCUUCUCAUUGAUUUCAGCAGUUACAGUAUUUUUGAACAUACUGGUGAUCAUCUCCAUCUCUCACUUCAAGCAGCUCCACACUCCAACCAACCUGCUCAUCCUUUCUCUGGCUGCGUCAGAUCUCCUGGUGGGACUGAUUGUGAUACCAGCAACGACUGUAGCAAUAAUGGAAUCAUGCUGGGGUUUUGGGGAAUAUUUCUGUGUGUUUCAGAUCUACAGUACUUUCUUAUGUACUUCUUUAUCUCUGGGUAAUUUGGUCUUGAUAUCUAUUGACCGCUAUGUUGCUGUGUGUGACCCCUUAAUGUACCACUCUAAAAUAACAACAACAAGAAUGAUGUGUUGUAUAUCCGUUACCUGGUGUUGUUCUAUCAUAUACGAUGCUGCUAUUAUAAAAAACUUAGUAAAUGUACAGGUACCAAGUAGGUGUUUGACAGAAUGUUUUAUUGUUGAAGGGUCAAUCUGGGGUAAUAUCGUUGAUAUUGUAAUUACAAUGGUUGUCCCAUGCUCUAUUAUUAUAACACUCUAUGUGAAAAUCUUUGUGGUGGCCAGAUCACAGGCCAGAAAGGUGUUUUCUAAAGAGGCUGCCAGUGUGUCUGUUGUUAAAACUGUACAGGCUAAUAAGUCUGAGACAAAAGCAGCAAAAACUCUUUCUAUUGUUGUUUUGAACUAUUUAAUUUGUUGGAUUCCAACUGUAUUUAUUAACUUUUUUUUUUCUUUUUUAAUUGACAAUUUUUUAUCAUAUUUCAUAUUUUUUCUGCCACUUCUUAAUUCCUUAAUGAAUCCAAUAAUUUAUGCUUUCUUUUAUCCAUGGUUCAAAGUGACAGCUAAACUUUUAAUAACUUUGAAUUUAAGACGUUCGUAGAUCCUAAAAUUUUAUUCCCUACGUUGGCAAUCAUAGGUUUGAUAGUUUUUUUUCUACAAUUGUUGUAAGUAUUUAUUUCAUGUAACAGAACACUGGCAUUACUUACCUCUGUGUUGUCAUCAUAGAUACAUGUGGUGUUGAUUCAGAUUGAUUUGGAUUGGAAUGGAAUGACUUGGAGAAGGCCCUUGUUUUAUAAAGGAUACUGUAGUCAUUAUGGAUUGUGUACUCCAAAUACCUAAGGCUGUGGUUGUUCCGUGUUACUUAAUGACAAAUAGUAAGCCUUCUAAUAGUACAUUUUGAGGACGUCAUGAGUCAUUCUAUAUGUUGUUUAACAUCUCCCUCUAGUGGCUCAAUUGUGACACAACGUCUUCAUCAAGUUUAGUAAAGUUGAAAUGUGCAAUACUGCAUGAUAACAGAUAACGUCCAGGUCUAAAUAAAUUCUGUAUUGGGUAACUUGUUGAUGGUAAAAUGUAAGAAUAUGCAAUUAUGGGUAACACUUUAUAAUAACAUUCAGUAAUAAACCAUUUGUAAGGAAUUUACAGUUUGCUCACCUUUAAAUAUUAAGGCCACAUUUGUGAAAUGUUACUCAGCUAGGUAUUCUCACAUUUAUAAAUAACUACUAUAGUAUAUACAUUAAUUAUUCAACACAACAGAGCAGGAGACCACAGCAUACACUUGAACCUCAACAUACUGGUUAUGAACACUACCACUACUCUCACUACCACUACUCUCACUACCACUACUCUCACUACCAUUAC